UAACGGAUAUCGGCAAAGCACUUAACUGUGAAGUAACUAGAGUGACCGAAAAUGAUAUCUGCUACUGCAUGGGUUCCAAGGGGAUUUGCAUCCGAGUUUCCCCAACAAUAUGAACUUGAUGACGAAGAAAUGAAGAGAAUCGAGGCAAUGUCAAAGUUGAAUCUCGAAGAGGCACAGGCAGACCUUGAGUAUGCAGAAGAGGAAGAGGCCGAGGAAAACCAAAUAGAUUCUGACAAUUUAAAGGACCAAGUAGACAUAGAUGGCGAUUUAAAGGAAUACGAUUUUGAGCAUUAUGAUGAUGACGAAAUCGAUGAAACUGGUGAAAAAGUUUUUAUGUUUCCAGGAUUGAGUAACACUCGUGCAGCAUAUGUGAAAACCGUCAAGAAAAACAAUUCCAAAGGAGAUGACGACGAUGAAAUGGAAGGAAGCGAAGACGGUGAUGUCGAAGAAAUCGAAGCAGAGGAGGAAGAACACUACUUACAACUUCCAACUGAAGAGGAAAAGUUGGCAGAGCGUGCCGAAUUACAGAUCUACCCAACUGACAACCUAGUAUUGGCGACAAGAACAGAGGACGAGGUUUCAUAUUUGGAUGUGUACGUGUAUGACGACGGUGCAGGAGCAUUGGGACCUGAUGAUAAAGAAGCUGAAGGGGAGAAGAAAUACGACGAAGAUGUGAAGCGUGGGAUGGUCCGUGAAGGAAACCUAUACAUCCACCACGAUUUGAUGCUUCCCUCUUUCCCAUUGUGUGUUGAAUGGCUCAGUUUCAAACCAAAAGGCGAGAACGAUGUCCAGAAUGUCGGCAACUUUGCUGCCAUUGGUACCUUCGAACCAACGAUUGAAUUAUGGAAUCUUGAUUGCGUUGACAAGGCGUUCCCGGACGUCAUUUUAGGAGAGGCGGAGUACGCGGAAUGGAGCUCGAAACAGAGCGGAUCUAAGGGGAAGAAGAGCAAGAAGAAGAAGAAGGUGGGCAAGGUGUACUCGAAGUGCCACACGGACGCCAUUCUCUCGCUGUCGCACAACCGCAUAUUCAGAAACGUUCUAUGUUCCACGUCUGCAGACAGCACAGUGAAGUUAUGGGAUCUUACCAAAUGCAGAGUUGAGCGUGGUAUCGACAACGGGUUGCACGGCGGCAAGGCUGUCUCGAACAGUAAAUGGAUGUACAGCAACGGCGAUGAGGAAGGUGGCAGUAUACUGUUGACCGGUGGUUAUGACGGGUACAUGCGGAUCUCCGAUGUGAGAGUGGAGGACGUACUCAAGAACAACAAGCAGUUUUCGUGCGGUGCCGACUACGGAGAGGAGGUUGAGACCGUAAGCAAAAUGGGCGAACACUACAUCCUCGGUGGGUGUGACUCCGGUAACGUGUACUGCUACGACAUCCGGAAGGAGGACGAGAAGCCGCUGUGGACGUUGCACGCACACGACUCGGGCAUCAGCACGUUGAGCAGCAACAGCGAGAUUCCCGGCUUGAUUGUCAGUGGUGCUAUGGGUGAGAAGGUGGUGAAGGUGUGGAACGUGAAGGACAGCAAGCCGCGGAUGAUCCUGAGCAAGGACUUUGGCUGCGGGAACGUCUUGAGCACCGCCUUUGCCGACGAACUGGAAGUGUCCGGGAACCUCAUUCUUGGAGGAAGCGGCAACUCCGGGCUCAAGAUGUGGGACUGUUUCAGUAACCCGACCAUCAACAAGAGCUUCCACGACGAGCUUGCCGGACUCAAGAAGCGGGCCGUCGAGGAGGCUGCCAAGUACGGCCGCGUGAGUCGGAUCGCCAGAAAGUACCAGAAGGGGUACGGGGAGAGCGUUGUGGAGCCCGAGGUCGGCGGUGUCGGCGGCGGCGACGACGACGACGACGACGAGAACUAGAGUGGCUCUCCAGCACCUGUGCAUACGCCAUGUAUAACUAAGUAAUCCUUGUGAAGUAACAACCAACCAACCACCGCACCCCCACGUCACGUGACCUCCGCCCACGACCUUCUUUCUUUCCCUGCUGCCUCUUGCCCUUCCCCUAUCUGCUGCCAUUGCACUGAAUCGUGCUGCCUGGCACUUCAUCCACAACUUGCUCGACUCCC